GCAAGCAAAUAAAAAAUAUCAUCCCUUCCCUUCUCUUUUCUGAUUCCUCGAUCACCGUCUAGGAUCGGAUUCUCCGGUGCAGCGAUGUCGCAAGCGGCAGAACGGCCGCUUGUGGCGGAAGCGGCGGCAGCGCCGAGGCAGGCACAACAGCAACAGGGUUUCAGGCAGUCGCUAGCGGGAGUUGUGAGGAUGGCUGUGUUCUGGUAUUUCGCCAUGAAGUUCUUCAGCCCGAAGAAGCCCGUUGAGCCCUCUCUUCUUAUCUCCAAUCUAUUCCAAAAGGGCGAGCCUUUGGACAUGUGGCUCUAUCUUUCUGAGAAGGAGAACUUCAAUGACUUCUCUGAUGAAGAUGCCCUUGUUUGGCAUGAGGCAAAUAUUCCAUACGCAGUUUGGGGUCAGAGUAGUACUAGGUCCUUGUCUAUGCAGUAUUAUCCAUCUGAGGCUGUGAAACACAAUGGAACUUUGUAUGCUCAUGUUUUCUUUGCGCGAUCAGGAUACCCUCCGGAUCCUAAUGACCCAGAGUAUGAACCACUAUCUACCUUUAGGAGGACCCAUUCUGUUGUGGCCUUUUUUCCAAAGUCGAAAUCUGAUAAAAAGAGGAGCUUGUUAGGAAGUUCCAAAGAUUCAGAAGGGGAAGAGUCAAUGCUUGAGGUGAAGCAUGAUAGUGAAAUUGAAGCUGUGGAUGAAGUCGAUGCUGAAUGGGUUUCAUACUGGAAACCAAAUAUCACCAUCAACCUUGUUGAUGAUUUUACAAGAUACCCUCACAACAUCCCUGCAAAUGUCAUUGACUAUAUAAAUGUGGAGCCAACCACAGGGAAUUACUUCCCUACAGUUUUCUUUAAUGAAUUUUGGCUUUUAAAGGACAAGCUUAUGCCACUGAAUGACAGCAUGACGGAAGUACCUCUUAAUCUAGAACUAGGGCCCAUUAGCUUGACUAAGUGGCAAUUCUUUUUACAGAUUGAGCAGGCAUUUCAGGUUCAUCGUAGUUAUGGUAGCAUGCUUGAAGGUGAGGCUGAUGAACUUAAGAGGGUAUUCUUAGAAGGAAACCCAUACCUCCUCGGAGUAACAAUGAUUGUAUCUCUGCUACAUUCAGUCUUUGAUUUCUUGGCUUUCAAGAAUGAUAUUCAGUUUUGGAAUAAAAACAAAUCUAUGGAAGGGCUCUCUGCAAAAUCAGUCAUUGUGAAUUUUGUUUGCCAGCUGGUGGUUUUCCUUUAUCUCCUAGAUAAUGAAACUUCUUGGAUGAUACUUGCUAGUUCUGGUAUCGGCUGCUGCAUCGAGUUCUGGAAAAUAGGAAAAGCAAUGCACAUUGAGGUAGACAGAAGCGGAAGGAUCCCCAUGUUGAAACUCCGAGAUCGCGAGUCAUAUGCCAAGAAUAAGACGAAGGAGUAUGAUGAUCUUGCAAUGAAGUAUCUCUCUUAUGUUCUUUUCUUCCUUGUGGCUUGCUUUGCCAUCUAUUCACUUAUGUAUGAGCAGCAUAAAAGCUGGUAUUCUUGGAUACUUUCUUCUCUAACGAGCUGUGUGUACAUGUUUGGCUUUAUCAUGAUGUGCCCACAGCUUUUCAUCAACUAUAAACUGAAAUCGGUUGCGCAUCUCCCUUGGCGGCAAAUGACUUACAAGUUCCUGAACACAAUCAUCGACGACCUUUUCGCAUUUGUAAUUAAAAUGCCCAUGUUGCAUCGCCUAUCUGUUUUCCGAGAUGAUGUUAUCUUCUUCAUAUAUGUCUAUCAGAGAUGGAUUUACCCUGUGGAUAAGAAGCGAGUGAAUGAAUUUGGUUUUGGUGGCGAAGACGAUACCCAAAUCAGCCAAAGUUUAGUAUCUGGUGAUACAGCCGCAACUAAAGAGGCUGAAGCUAGGAUGGAAGGCAACAAAAAGACCAAUUAGUUUGGGUAUAUUUGGUUGCAUGUAUUUGCUCACCGGUCUAGUGAAUCGUUUGCCAUACCUCUUGUUUGAGGACAUUACUUGGCGCCGGAUCCUUGCUCGGUCGUAUGAUUAGGCUGGUUGGCAAAUUGUAACAGUAGUUUGAGGUUUGGUUUGGAUUUUCAUGUAUUUAUUCAAUUACGAUGUUUGACGCAGAGAGAGAUUCGUUCUUCUGCUAGCUGGUGGUUAGAGAAUUAUUUAUGAUCAUUUGCUUGAACACUCAGAUUUCCUUUA